GGCCACAUGGAAUGAUUGUCUUCAAAAGUCAGAGAUGGGUAACAACGUUUAUAGUUUAUAGAGCUAAGGGAGGUUGAUCGGUGCCUGAAUUGGCUCUUGGAAGCUUGCAAAUGGCACAAUCUCCACUCCCUUCGCCUCCUCUUGGCCUUUCUGCACAUCCCAAAGGGCUGCGUUUCCUUUUCUACCUUCGCUUUCUCCUCCGCCUCCACCGCCUCCCUCUCCGACCAAAAAUGUCAACCAUGUCAACUGCAAAGCUUCCUUCCCGCACCAUGUUCAACACGUCGGCGCCAUGUAAAAACCAAUUCAGAAGCAGCAUUAUCAAGUGUCCAUCUUCGAUCGGAUCCACAAGCAACAUAUCGAAAUCAUUCGGCUUGAAAUCAUCGUCCUCAUCCAGAACCACUGCAAUGGCAGUCUACAAGAUCAAACUUAUCGAACCAUGUGGGAAAGAGCACGAGUUUGAGGCAUCUGAUGAUACCUACAUUCUUGAUGCAGCUGAAGAAGCAGGAAUUGACCUUCCAUAUUCUUGCAGGGCAGGGGCGUGCUCUACGUGCGCUGGGAAAUUCGUUUCGGGUUCAGUCGAUCAGUCGGACGGGUCGUUCCUGGACGAUAGUCAAAUGGAAGAGGGGUAUUUGUUAACCUGUAUUUCACACCCAACUUCAGACUGUGUGAUUCUCACACACAAAGAAGGAGAACUGAUCUGAGUACUAUACCAAGUUUUAUCAGUGUUUUCUUUUUCUUUUAUGAGUUUGUAGUUUUGAUUUGUAAUGUGUGAUAUUAUAUCAAAUAAAU